GAAAGCCAAUAUACAGUUCUAUCUCUUUUCACUUGAAAAUGGCAGCAGUGACUGUCGAAAUAUUGUGAAAAUAAAUCUGUGAUUUGAAUGAAUCAUGAUCUUCUCAGCAGUUCUCUACUUCAUUUCAUCAAAAAAUUUCUUGAUUUGUCCUGCGAGAGUAUGAUUUUUGAGAUUUUCAAGCUUCUUUUUAAGUCUUAAAUCAUAUACCAAACACUUUUAGAGCAGAAAAGAACUUAACAGAAAAAUGAGAGAACAACAGAAAAGAACAAAGUAGGAAAAGAAGAAUGAGUUUUUAAUAUUCAAAAUAAAGGCUGGUCUGAUAGAAAACACAUAACAUAGAAGUAAAACAAGAAAAGAGUGUCUACUAGCAGAGGAAUAGUUUUGUUAUAGAAUAAAAAACUGGACACAGCGCUAUUAAAAGCGCUGUGUCUCAUCGAUACAUCUAAGAACUAAGGAAUAUAGAGUUUUCAAAUUUUUUCCUUCUGAAGUGUUGUUUUGUAAAAGCAUAUGAUUUAAUGUUAUAUUUUCAUUGGUAAAAACAUUUCCAAAUUCUUCUAACAUAGUUUUCUCAUAUUAUCAUAUUGAUUCCGUAAGUGAUGACUUAUUUCUAUUGACAGCUACAUGCACAAGAUGUAUUGUUUAUCAGUUUUCUUUUCUCAAGAUGGCAAAAAUCAGGUCGGAAUCGUAGAAAAUAAAUUUCUAAUUUUCUCUUCUUAGUUUUAGUUGAUUACGUUUCUGAAAUGCAUUUUACUAUGAUAAUACGUCCUUCCAUCUUUUUUGUCUCAUGGCGAUAGCACAGUUCAGUAUUCUGUGCUCGAUCGAAUAUUAUUCGACCAAUUGUAGUCUUUCUGUACAGUGCUCACUAGGGAUGCACCGGUUACGGUUUAAUCGAACAACUGAUAUGUCUGCCACGUUUUCCUGUGGUCACGAUCCUAUGGUUAGAAAGAACAUUUUGAGCUACAUUUGUGUUUGUAUCCCGUCUUUCAGAGAUUUUCAUAGCAUAUGAAAUGCAGCGUUGGAAAUUAUCAGCAACUGGUUCUGGACUGCACUGUAAUGCUUAAAUUUUAAAUUAAAGGAGAAAACUUUGCCUUCUGCUAGUCCAAAGCGCUGAAUAAUUUGAAACAGAACUCAGAAAUCAGAAGAAGAAUACGUGGUAUAAUAGGUUUGACUCUUCUGUUCGAGUACGGUAACGAUACGCUUUUUUAUCAUCUGCUCUGACGAACCGUAAACUUACCGCAACUUUACCGCAUAUCGCUUAUUUGAAAUAUAGAAGAAAUAGAAAAAGCGAACGCUGAAAUUUUAACAUUAUUUGUUAAAAAACUUCUCUGAGAAUACCAAUUACAACCGAUAUCGAUUAUGUACUUAAUAUUUUUAUUACUUUUGCUAUCAGAUUAGUUAGCGGAAAAAUUUAACGGGAUAGAUGGGAAUUAUUAUAGAACCGCUCGAUAUAUCAUAGUAUUUGACCAAAUUGGUGCAGUCUCAUCUGCACCCGAUCUGUUUGGAAAAAAUGCUGUACAAUUACCAUCGCCCAAGAAGCUGCCAACAAAAAAAGAUACUAAAGAUGAAACAAUUGGUCAAUCAGUUAAUGGCAAAGGAUUUGUCGAUAGUGAUAAAUCAUGGACACCCCAGGCUAUUGAUGCAAUAUUCACGUUGUGUGAUCGAAUUGUGACUCAUUGGAAAUCCAGAUAUUUGCGCGUGCAAACUACCGUCUCGCUUCAUUCAGUGUUGUGCGGUGCAGACAAAAUAUUAACUAAAGUACCGUUAUUAUUUGCAGAUAGAGGUGUCAGAUUCGAUGUUAAAGAAGGUUUUGACAAAUACCAGAAUAUCUUCACACCGUUGUAUGAUCGUGAACUGUGGCACGAAUUUGUAAUUAGUCACAUUGAAAUGUUACAUUUGCAAAAGAAUGUGAAAGUGGAAUUUGAAAUAAACAGUUCAAAUAGCCGAAUAUUUUUUGGUGAAAUUCUAAUGGAUUAUGCAGACAACUACAAUUCACAAGAUCGUCUAUUCUCACCGUAUGAUGUUAUUCUUAUGACAAUUAAUAAUGAUAAUUAUUUUGGCGUUGUUGUAUAUGCUCGUCAUACACGCGUGAAAGAAGACAACCAGGAAACUAAUAAAUGCAGAACAAUUCAAGUUCACACACUUAUUGGUAUUUAUGUAUCUGAAAAGUGUAGUGUUCAGCAUCGUAAACGUCGCACGUUAAACCCUGUUGUCGAAAUUUCAAGAUUUAAAAGUUUGACGCCAACGAAACGAUGUUUAACAGCAAUUAAUAAUUUACCUUUCUCGAAUCAAGAUGUUUGUUGGCUCCUUCAUUGA